GCUUCAGGACACGUUGGAAACCUGACAGCCAAGCAAACAGCCGAGCUAAAAGAUAUCUGGAUUCGUCUAUUUAAAUUGUUCGAACAACCUGGAACCGAAUACAAACCCACAAAGUCAGAAACAUCCUCAGAGUCCUCCAAGAAAAGCGGCUUCUUUGGCUUCGGAAAAGAGAAGAAAAAAGAGGAUAUAAACACAGAUGUCUUUUUAGGCGCGACGACUGACCCUGCCUUACUGACAUUACCCCUGGAGAAAGCUAUUACCCUUAUCCCUGGUUCCACUCUCCGCAAAACCUUUUGGAAUGCUGUAGCUACCGACAACCCAGAUGCUGUCCUGCUUCGGUUCCUCAGAGCUCGUAAAUGGAAUGUGGAUGCUGCCUACAAAAUGCUAAUCAAUACGCUUCGUUGGAGAGUGGCCAUGCGCUUGGACGAUAUCAUUGCGCUUGGUGAGACAGGCCUACGUGAUGAACUAGAAAAUCUGAAACCAGGUUUGGGAAAGUCUUUUGUCGGACAAGUCCACUCUGGAAAGGCUACACUCGGAGGCCCCGACAAACUGGGUCGUGGUGUUUGCUUUAUCAAUGUAAGACUUCACAACAAGGAAGCCCAAUCUAAUGAGAUUCUCCGAUUGAUGACAUUAUUCGUUAUGGAGGCAUCUCGUACGGUAGUUGCGCAGCCAUUAGAAGCCAACUGCAUUUUAUUCAACAUGGAUGGAUUUACUCUCAGCAACAUGGAUUACGACUUUGUAAAGUUUCUAGUGACUUGUUUCGAGGCAUACUAUCCAGAGACCUUGGGAAUGUGUAUUAUCCACAAGGCACCAUGGGUCUUCUCUACAGUGUGGAACCUUAUUACCCCACUAUUGGACCCUGUGGUUGCAAGCAAAAUUCAUUUUACCAAGAACUUGGAAGAACUUUCAGAGUACAUU